GCUCCAAGUGCAAGAGGGGAGGCUGGGAGAGUGCUUGAAAGCCAUGAAAGACCACUGGCUCGACAGUUCGAUUAAAUAGAUCACUGUAAACUGAAAAAUAUAUAAUGUACCUAAAAAAAAAACAAUCCUCCCUCUGCCGAGUAAUUUCAACUUGAAACUUUAGCAAGUUUAUUUCAUUUUUUUAACAUUAUUUAAAGAUUUACCUUUAUCAACAAAUUAUGCGCGUACACGACGAUUCUAGAAGUUCAACACAAGGAAAGGAUCUCCAAUCUCCAUUUUACGCAUCUGUGGAGUUUGACAGAUGGAUUUAACAGCGCCUGACAGAGACUGAGCCGUUCGUUAUUGUUGAUUUUUAAAGUCACAUCUGCAAGUUUGAUAAGUUAGUGGUGAUUGCAUUAAGCGUGAUGAGCGGAGGUCGCUUUGAGUUCGAUGAUGGCGGAGCUUAUUGUGGAGGCUGGGAGGGAGGUAAAGCGCACGGGCACGGGAUCUGUACCGGACCUAAAGGACAAGGAGAGUUCUCCGGUUCCUGGAAUUACGGGUUCGAGGUGGUGGGAGUGUAUACCUGGCCGAGUGGAAACACUUACGAGGGGUAUUGGUCCCAAGGAAAGCGUCACGGUCUAGGUGUGGAGAGCAAGGGACAGUGGCUCUACAAGGGAGAGUGGACGCACGGAUUUAAAGGCAGAUACGGGACGCGCAUCAGUCAGGCCAGCGGUGCCAAGUACGAGGGCACUUGGAAUAACGGACUGCAGGAUGGUUACGGCACGGAGACCUAUGCGGAUGCCGGUACCUUCCAGGGCCAGUUCACUGGCGGCAUGCGACAUGGCUAUGGAGUGCGUCAAAGUGUUCCCUAUGGCAUGGCAGCAGUGGUGCGUUCUCCUCUGAGAAACUCUCUGAGCUCCCUGCGAAGUGAACACAGCAAUGGGACACUUCUGCAGCAGGACAUCCCAGUCAUCACUGCCACCAACGCAUCCGGUCAGGAGACCCUGGUCAACACUCCCAUGCCUCUGGGCCCAUCUCGUGGCGGUUUUGCCCUCACCCUGCAAGUGGACCCAGAUGCAGUAAAGCCCAAGAAGAAAGGCCUCUUCCGGCGUGGCUCACUUUUAGGCAAGCUGAAGAAGUCAGAUUCCCGCACUUCCCUUUCCAGCAAUAAGAGCAAGAUUAGCUUUUUGCGGAGUGGGUCAGCUCUCAGCUCCGCCGCCAGCGAUGCAAACUCCACCAUCAGCCUGGGUGAGAGUGAAGGAGAAGGUCAGGAUUUUCCCCCAGUGGAGUCAGACAUUGAUGCCACCACCACUGAAGUCUACAUGGGAGAGUGGAAAAACGACAAGCGCUCGGGUUAUGGGAUCAGUGAACGUUCUAGUGGGCUUAAAUAUGAGGGCGAAUGGCUGAACAACCAACGGCACGGUUAUGGGUGCACCACUUUCGCAGAGGGUGGCAAAGAAGAAGGCAAGUACAUUAACAACAUGCUGGUGAAGUCUGUAAAGAAGAAGGUAAUUCAGCUGAAGGGUACUAAGAUCAAGCAAAAAGUGGAGCGCAGUGUGGAAGGAGCCCAGAGGGCAGCUGCCAUAGCCAAACAGAAAGCCGAAAUUGCCAAUUCAAGAACAGCCCAUGCCAAAAGUAAAGGAGACGCUGCAGAACAGGCCGCCCUAGCCGCCAACAAUGAGUCUAGUAUCGCUCGUGUAGUUGCCAGAGAGCUCUCUCCCUCUUUCCAUCAACCAGGUCCUGAGUAUAUAAAAAAACGAGCCUUGCAGGAGAUUGCUCAGAGCAAUGAGAAUGCAGACACAGGGAUGCACGAGCCCUUGUUAGCUGAAGAUUCCCUACCAACACCCCCAGAGAGCCCCUUCAUGAAUGAGCUGGAAAGUCUAAGACCAAGCUCCACCUCUGCACGCACCCCCUCCCCUACUCCAGUCAUCGUCCCUCAGGCACCCAGCAGGGAAGAUCCCAACCUCUUGAGCCCCGGCAGCUGGAAUGGAGACAAGGCCAGUCGAGGCAGCGGUAGCAGAGGCAGCAGUAGAGCAGGUAGUAGGCCAAGCAGUCGACCCACCACCCCGUCUUCCACUCCUGCCGUUGCUCCCGCUCCAGAUGCAGGUCCUGAGGAACAUUCUGCUCCCAGCAGUAAGGUCCCAUCCCGUACCCCUAGCCGCCAGAGCCCCAAAGUAGAGGAGGGUUCAGACCUGGAAAUCAAAGCUUUGCAGAAAAUGGACUCAGAGUCAAAAGUAGCAGAACCUGUCCCUGCUGCUACGCCAGUAAGAACCAAUCUCGUCCUCACCAGCGACGAUGAAGAGCCACCCCCACCACCUCGCUCUGCCCCCAAGCUGUCCCCCAAAGCAGUCACACCAGAGCCAAAGGCAGCUGAAGUCAAACACAGAGAUGAAACAAGGGAGCCUGUAAAUGAGCGCCCAUCUUCAAUGACAGAAAGCAAGCCUGAGUCUAGGACAGAAGUCAGGGAGGAGAAGAAAUUAACCAACAGAAUGGAGCCUAAACCUACAUCAAAACGAGAACCAAGCCCUGCUCCAAAAGUUGCACCAAAGCCUGAGCCCAAGUCAGUGCCUUACCCAGAACAUAAACCUGUGGUCAAGUCGGUUGCUAAACCAGUUGCCAAGAUCGAGGCCAAAACUGAGACGAGGCAGAGGUCUCUUUUGAAAGCCCCUAGCGAAACAAUACAAGAACCUCUGGAGCUAGAUGAGGGGCCAAACACAAUUAUGAUCUGCAUGGUUAUAUUCCUGAACAUUGGUUUGGCAAUUCUUUUCGUUCACAUCUUGUCUUGAGAUGACAAAGCCUAAGCCAAAACCAUCCAGGUGAAAGAAACUACCAUGGGGAGCUGUGAGAAUGCACUGCGCUCCAUUAACGGCUCUAUUGUUGCGUUAUCCAGUUUCAGACCAGCCCUCCUAAGCUACUCUAAAGUUGGUUGUCAUCUGUAACUGGACUGAGUGCUCCUAAUUGAUCAGUGCAUCUCCUUGCCAGAAUGCUAUAGAAUAAAGCAUUUGUGCACAUUUGCUUUGUUUGUGAAAGGUACUAAUGCAUUUAACAGUUCUGCAGUCUAAUGCAGGUGAAACUGAAUAAUCUAUAAGGACUAACUGAUGUUAAGUACAUUCGCAAUCACAUCACAUAUUCUAUAAAACAGAACGUGUCAUUUGGCAUGUAACAUUCAUCUUUGGAGAAUAAACAAAUAGUUAUGACAUAACGAAA